AUGGAACAGAAAUGGAACAGAAAUGGAACAGAAAUGGAACAGAAAUGGAACAGAAAUGGAACAGAAAUGGAACAGAAAUGGAACAGAAAUGGAACAGAAAUGGAACAGAAAUGGAACAGAAAUGGAACAGAAAUGGAACAGAAAUGGAACAGAAAUGGAACAGAAAUGGAACAGAAAUGGAACAGAAAUGGAACAGAAAUGGAACAGAAAUGGAACAGAAAUGGAACAGAAAUGGAACAGAAAUGGAACAGAAAUGGAACAGAAAUGGAACAGAAAUGGAACAGAAAUGGAACAGAAAUGGAACAGAAAUGGAACAGAAAUGGAAUAGAAAUGGAAUAG